GACCCCCUCAUUUCUGGUUAGGUCCUAUUCGCGCCUGGUUUCGCUCGUUUGAGUUCUCUCCCAUUCAUAUUUUUCCAUUUUCUGUCUCUAGGUUUCUCAAAGGUAGGGCAAGAUGGCAGAUGGUGAGGAUGUUCAACCACUUGUCUGCGAUAAUGGAACAGGAAUGGUUAAGGCUGGAUUUGCAGGAGAUGAUGCUCCUAGGGCUGUGUUUCCCAGCAUUGUAGGUCGUCCUCGUCACACUGGUGUAAUGGUUGGCAUGGGCCAGAAAGAUGCAUAUGUAGGAGAUGAAGCUCAAUCCAAGCGUGGUAUAUUAACCCUAAAAUACCCGAUUGAGCAUGGUAUUGUGAGCAAUUGGGAUGACAUGGAGAAGAUAUGGCAUCAUACCUUCUAUAAUGAGCUUCGUGUUGCUCCAGAAGAGCACCCUGUUCUCCUAACUGAAGCUCCUCUCAACCCUAAGGCUAAUCGUGAGAAGAUGACCCAAAUCAUGUUUGAGACCUUUAACACUCCUGCUAUGUAUGUUGCCAUACAAGCUGUUCUUUCCUUGUAUGCAAGUGGUCGCACCACUGGUAUUGUGCUGGACUCUGGUGAUGGUGUCAGCCAUACAGUCCCUAUCUAUGAGGGUUAUGCCCUCCCGCAUGCCAUCCUUCGUCUUGACCUUGCUGGCCGUGACCUUACAGAUUAUAUGAUGAAAAUCCUCACUGAGCGUGGGUACUCGUUCACUACCACAGCUGAGCGUGAAAUUGUGAGGGACAUGAAAGAAAAGCUCUCCUAUAUUGCCCUUGACUAUGAGCAGGAACUGGAGACUGCCAAGACCAGCUCCUCAGUUGAGAAGAGUUAUGAGCUGCCUGAUGGGCAGGUGAUCACCAUUGGAGCUGAGCGUUUCCGAUGCCCAGAGGUCCUUUUCCAGCCAUCUUUCAUUGGAAUGGAAGCAUCAGGAAUUCAUGAGACCACAUAUAACUCCAUCAUGAAGUGUGAUGUGGAUAUUAGGAAAGACCUUUAUGGUAACAUUGUCCUCAGUGGUGGUACAACCAUGUUCCCAGGCAUUGCUGACAGAAUGAGCAAGGAAAUAACUGCUCUGGCCCCAAGCAGCAUGAAGAUCAAGGUAGUGGCACCACCUGAGAGGAAAUACAGUGUCUGGAUUGGAGGCUCCAUCUUGGCAUCCCUCAGCACUUUCCAGCAGAUGUGGAUAGCAAAGGCGGAGUAUGAUGAGUCUGGGCCAUCAAUCGUGCAUAGGAAAUGUUUCUAAUUGUUCAAGAAUAGGAUCAUGGAAGAAAGGAAGCACUGCACUAUUUCUUGGAGAGAAAUGCGGCUUUACAACCUUUGGUUCUAGCUUGUUUUCUUUUUAUGUGUACUUGUGUCAAGGUGACGACCUUGACUGGGCUGAGGUGUUGAUUACGGAAACAGUCCCGAUUCUUUCAUUAUUAUUUGUUUUUGAAAUUUUCAACUGUUGCCAUGCAAUUUCUUUUGCAGCUUGUGAAUCCCAGUGUUACUUUCCUUUAGGGGUGAGGUGUGGUGGAAAAUAGGCUAAAUCUGCAAUUUGCUUCAUCCAGAAUUAAUCUAUUAUUUAUUAUUUAUUUAUUUAUUGAGAC